UCCCAGAAUCAACAGAAGAAGAGGGAUCAUGGUGGUACACUGGAGGCAUAAUGGUUACUAGAGGAGGUUUAGUAAUAGCUGGCAAUACAGAGGAUAGAUACCUUCGGGCGUUUAACAUUGAUACUGGGGAACAACUCUACAAAUCUUCAGACCCGAUGGUUGCUAUGGCAGUAGGGAAUCCGAUAACCUACCGAACUGGUGGAAAACAAUAUGUUGUACUUACAGCAAGUGGUCACAGUGUUUUUGAAUUAAUGUCUCACCAACCGAAGAGUGACCAUGUGUAUGCCUUCGCUCUACCAUAAAGUGGAAACGUGGCUAAAUGCUGUGUAUAUAUAGUUUCGAUUACAGAUACGCGAAGUACAACGUUGGACUAUCAACAAUUUUUCUCAUUUUGUACUAUUACAUUUUUUGAUAGUUACACAAUAAAAUAGUAGCCCGGACAGAAUUGUUCAAGGGUCACCUUUUCUGUGAUAACUUUUUUAAUUUUCAGUAUUAUCAACAAACGAUUAUGUAAUUGAAAACUAGAGUAAGAUUCUG